ACUAUCCACCGACUGACAACCAGCCAGCCAUGGGCCAGGAUUAUUACUCUGUGCUCCAGAUCACUCGCAAUUCAGAAGAUACCCAGAUCAAGAAUGCGUACCGGAAACUUGCCCUUAAGAACCACCCGUUGAGGUCCACUGAGACAUCCGCAGCGGAGGCAUUCAGGCAAAUAGCGGAGGCCUACGAUGUGCUGAGCGACCCUGUGAAAAGAGGCAUCUAUGACAAGUUCGGAGAGGAAGGCCUGAAGGGUGGAAUUCCUCUGGAGUUUGGAUCGCAGACCCCGUGGACAACUGGUUAUGUCUUCCACGGCAACCCGGAAAAGGUUUUCCAUGAGUUCUUUGGGGGAGAUAACCCCUUUAAUGAGUUUUUUGAUGCAGAAGGAAAUGAGGUGGACUUGAACUUUGGGGGACUCUGGGGCCGAGGGGUCAAGAAACAGGACCCCCCAAUCGAACGAGACCUCUACCUGUCCCUGGAGGACUUAUUCUUUGGCUGCACCAAGAAAAUUAAGAUCUCCCGAAGGGUGCUGAACGAGGAUGGGUACUCCUCUACCAUCAAGGACAAGAUCCUCACGAUUGACGUGAAGCCUGGUUGGAGGCAGGGCACACGUAUCACCUUCGAGAAGGAAGGGGACCAGGGUCCCAACAUCAUCCCAGCCGACGUCAUCUUCAUCGUAAAGGAGAAGCUACACCCUCGCUUCCGCAGGGAGAACGACAACCUCUUUUUCGUGAACUCCAUCCCCUUGGGCAAGGCUCUGACCUGCUGCACCGUGGAGGUGAAGACCCUAGAUGACCGUCUGCUCAACAUCCCCAUCAAUGACAUCGUCCACCCCAAGUACUUCAAGAAGGUGCCAGGUGAGGGGAUGCCGUUGCCAGAGGACCCCACCAAGAAGGGGGACCUCUUCAUUUUCUUUGACAUCCAGUUCCCCACCCGCCUCACACCCCAGAAGAAGCAGAUGCUGCGCCAGGCGUUGCUGACAUAACUCUGGUGGGCUGGAGACUGGAGCAGGGGGCUGUGGAAACCAGAGGAGUGAAGCCGACUCUGCCCUGAGGCAGGAACCAGGUGGCGAGGUGGUGGUAGGUGCCCUGUUCUGAGAGCUAGCAAGUGGGUGAGGGCCUGCCUUGUGAAACUGGUGCUCCAGCUCUCCUCUAGGGCAGCAGCAAGGCCUGCUCUUAACCUCUUCCUCAUGGUGAGACUCUCAGGCCUGUGAGAGCCAUUUAUGAGAUUGUUAUUACCUCAGUGUGGUCUUCAGUGCUACCUUGUGAGUCAGGUAUUUUAUAGGCAUUACGGGUUGAGGAGUUACUGAGGCCUCCUGGUAUGCUGUCCAGUGGUUCCUACCACCUUGCCCAGCCCCUCAUUGUUUCAGGGUCAUGCCUAGAACCAUGAUGAAGUCUGGCGGCCUCAUGUCCAUGCCAGUGUCUGAAACACAAGGCUGGUGAAUGAGCCAGCUGACAAUGCCUAAGGCAACAAAUUGCCCCUCAGUUUCCUGUGGUGCAGAACAAAUCCUGCCUCAGAGGAUUAAUGUGAGAAUUAAGGUGCAUUAAGCACGCUGACCGGGUCCUCCACUUAUGCUGACUCCCUGCCACUUUCACCCUGGCUUGACUCAUGGCCCCCAACCCUGUCCCUCUUGGGGACUAUGAGACCUCAGCUCAAAAGUAAGGUGAGGUUGUAAAUCAACUAUACUUCAAUAAAAAUAAAAAGUAAGGUGAGGAAUCCUGGGCCCUCUUUACUUCUCUACAACCCUAAUAUCCUGGACCCCUUGCCCAAGCACUGAAGGGCCCAGCCUCCAGCUCUGACCGUUGAGGAAGGCACAGUAGCACCAGCUGACUUAAACAGGAAGGUCAUGUUCUCUGGGCUUGGCUCCACAGCUGCCCAACAGGCUUCCUGAAGGACCCCAGCCCCUAGGGGAAAAGUGCACAGGGGGAGGGAGGAGUCUGAGUCCCAGUCCCAGUUCAGCUGCUGAUUUCCUGUGUGUCCUUGCCUGCAUGACCUGUCUCAGCCUUUAGCUUCUUCACACAUCUAUAAAAUGGGCCUGGAUGGCUUAAUUCUAAGGGCCCAGCCCUUCACGAGAUGCCUUGGGAUUCUGGCACCUCACAGAGUCCCCUAACCCUUGAAACAGAAGUAGCCCUGCCCACCUGCUUUCCUGACUGGAGACAGAUGGUAGGAAGAGGGACAGGGAGGCUGACAGCCCUGGUUUGUCACCACCUCCCUGGGAUCUCUAGCCUGGGGUGAGGGUGAGACUCUAAAUGGAAAGACUCCUGCUGAGGCUGGAUGUCUGCUCUACAGCCUGUCCCACCCAAUGCAGUUAUACCGCCUCCUAAGGGUAUGACUGUGGAGGAUGGGAAGCAACCUGACUUGUCCUCACUAAGCCUGGGACUUGGGGGAGGUGGAUCUCCCAUUUGUAAAAUGGAAUAAAAUAAGCCUACAGCAUCUAAGGUUCCUAAGUUCCUCUAAAUCUUCCAAGCAGCACAGGAGAAGCAGGGCAAACAGGAACACUCAUUUUGCAGAUUAACAGGCCCAGGGCCAGCUGGGGGGUUGGAAAGGCAGGUACUGGAGUACCAGACACUGGUGAGUGAAAGCCAAGUGGUCUGGCGAGAGAGCAAGGCCACUGCUGACUCCAGGCCGCUCCUUUACUUGCCACCUCAGCCCUGGCCUGGUCUGGAAAGAGAAGCAGACCGGAUGACCUCCACCCAGAU